CAAUUUUGCGUAGUAAGGUCUACAAUUUGAUCACCACAAAAUGCCGAAGGAAAACAAUAAUAUUCGGAUGCCUUGUGAUGAGAAUGAACGCUUCGCCAUUAAGCCGAGUAUUAUCUACGCACCAAGGAUAAAACCCCUGACGCGUGCUAAGAAAGUGGAAAUCCACGAGGUGAAAGCUAAUCUCAAGGUGCAACUGCCUGCGCUCACGCCUACCGGGGUUAGAAGAUAUCGCGUACCACAUCAUGAAACGGUUUUAUUGGAGCUUAAGGAAGCCGGGUUUCAAGAGGCAGAGGAUUACUUUAAACAGGUCUAUGAACAUGAGGCUAAAUCGAUAAAUCUUGAAACUAAAAGAUUAAAAGAGCAACGUCACCUCAUCGAACGAAUUAAAUAUGGGCUAGUGAAUGCAGAAUUGGCGAAAAGAGCAAAUAAACCAAUGGAACAGACAAUCCAAAUGUUGGAAACAGCAUUGUUUUUUCAAUCGUUGAUGCCAGAAUGGUUUUGGAUUGCUGAUAAGGUGUUCCAGAGUGCUCUGAAAAUUUCAACCGAAAUCGUGGAAGAUGAUGGAGAAAUGUUAAAUAUCGUAAAAUAUAUUUAUGGAACUUUUCUCUUUCAUAAGGUAAAAGAUGCAAGAAGUGCUUUCACUCUAUUAGACGAAGCUCGAAAAGCAUCCGAAGGAAAACGCUGGAAUGCUUCUAAAAUUUUAAAGGCUAAACAAUGGCCUCUAUUUCAAGAGAGUAAUCUCAUUUUGAAUGAGGUGUUAAUAGCGCUAGCUGAGCAAUCGAAAGACGAAGAUCCGAAUUUAGCGGUGAAGAUUCUAAUUGAUGCGAUUGAAAGAGCCAGUGAUUCUGGAGAUGAAGAACAUCUUGCGAAGGCUUUGUACGAAGCGGCGAAGAUGCAAUUGUCUGCAGAUAAUAUCAGCGAAGCUCUUCAGAACUUUUCCAAAUAUUUAGCAAUAGUUGAGACAAUCCCAGAUCCAAAUGGGGUUUGCAAUGGUUAUAAAGAACUCGCAUCUGUUUAUAAAGUGCUGAAGGAUGUUGAAGGAGUCAAACGACACUUGGUUUCAUUUAAAGAACACGCGGAGAAGUCGGGAUUGGCUGCGAGACUUGCAGAUGCCCAUUAUUGCCUCGGAGAAUUUGAAUUGGAACAGGGUCGACCAAGUUCUGCGACUCCACAUUUGACCUUCGCUUUUGAAUCAUAUAAGAAGUUGGAGAUGGUGAAAGAAAUGGACAAAGCAAGAUUUCUCGCUGGAGUGUCCAAAGGUGAAGAGUUGAAAACAUCAUAUCUGGCCAUGAUAGAGAAGUGCAAGGAAAAUGAUGCAGAAGCCUUCAGGAAACUCUUAGAAUGGACACAUAGGCGAACGCCGUUCUGGACCCUCUAA